AUGGCGAGGGCUUGGAUUGUUGAUGGCAGAGGAAUCGCAACCAAAGUGAAGAAUGCGUCUGUUUCUUCAGCUUCGCAGAUCAAAGACUGUGGUGCGUAUAUCGAUUGCCCCAAUUGCUCUUACCGAAUUGACAAUAGCAAUGUGCUGGUUCCAUGGCCUGGCCUUCCUAAAGGUGUCAAGUUUGAGCCAACUGAUGAAGACAUCAUCGAGUUUCUGGAAGCUAAAUGUGGGAUUGGUGGCUCUGAACCGCAUGUACUUAUCGAAGAGUUUAUUCGUCCAGUCACUGAAGAUGUUGGAAUCAAUUACACUCACCCUAAAAACCUUCCUGGUGCAAACAAAGAUGGAGUAAGUGUCUUCUUCUUUCACAAGACGGUUCAAGCAUACGGAACAGGCCAAAGGAAACGCAGAAAGAUCACACCGACAUGCCUGGACGAGGAACCAGUUCGCUGGCACAAGACUGGCAGAACAAAAUCUGUGUUGCUCAAUGGAGUCCAACGGGGUUGCAAGAAGAUCAUGGUGCUCUACAAGAGCGCUAGGAAAGGAUCAAAGCCCGAGAAAUCAAACUGGGUCCUGCAUCAGUACCAUCUAGGAACAGAAGGAGAAGAGAUAGGAGACUAUGUUGUUUCAAAGAUAACAUAUCAGCAGCAGAAGGUUGGGGAACUUCCUGAUGAAGGUGAGAGUUCCGGGGUUCGUGGUGCGCCAAGAACACCGAAGACGAAUACUCCUCAACCACCUAGACCUCUAGAUGGUCUUGCUGGAGAUGCAGAAACUUUUGAUCCAUUUGGCGAGGGACUGGACAACAUUCCAGAAGCUGUUUUAGAGAAGAUGUGGUCUAAAAAAGCUCGAAUGGAAGAUGAUUAUGUUGUAAACCUUAAUGAAGAUAACUUAACAUGCAAUGAAAGCAUUGAAGCUUCUUCUGUUUGGGAAAACCAGGUUCUCCUCCCCAAUCCUAGCAUCGGAACCAUUGGGGAACUAGAUGGUUUUUCGAUUUCAGAUCUCGAGAAUGCAGAUUUGGGGACUCCUCCUGACCUCCUCACUUUGGCUUCUCAAGAGAGCUUGUUGAAAUGGAUUGGAUGGAUGUGA